AACCAGUACCUUCUCAUUGUUCCACUCCACAGUCCACAGACAGCAACUCCAUCAUUUUCUCCCAAGAAAUGGCAGCUUCAGCUCUCCACUCCACUGGCACUGCGGCCAUGUCUCUCUCCCUCUUCCUGUUCGCGACCAUCGCCGCCUCGUCCUUCUCUCCAGCCGACGCACAGGCAUCAUCAUCAUGCGCGAGCCACACCUUCUCGAGCAACCAGCUCUACGCGUCGUGCGCCGCCCUGCCGCGCCUCGGCACCACGCUGCACUACAACUACACGGCGGCGGCCAACACGGUGGCCGUCGCGUUCCGCGCGCCGCAGCCGAGCAAGGCCGGCGGGUGGGUGGCGUGGGGGCUCAACCCCAACGGCACCGGCAUGGUGGGCACGCAGGCCGUGGUGGCGUUCCGGCACUCCAACGGGAGCCUCGUCGCGUACCCGACGCUGCUCGGCAGCUACGCGCCGUCCAUGGCGCCCGCCGCCGCCGCGGAGCUGGCGUUCCCCGUGUCGGACGUGGCGGCGGAGUACGCGAGGAACGGCAAGGAGAUGGUCGUGUACGCGACGGUGGCGCUGCCCGGGAAGGGGAGCAAGUAUACCCACGUCUGGCAGCAGGGGGGCUCCGUGGUGGACGAUGUGCCGGCGGCGCACCCCACCACCGGGGACAACGUGCUCUCCACGGGCACCAUCGAUUUCAGCAAGUGAAACUACUACCUAUAUAUCGUUACUAGGUAUGCUUAUAUCCGUAUACGCGUGUCGUUUGUUCCGUAUGUACGUAUGUGCCCGCGCGCGAGCCAUCGCUCCCUCUAUAUAUCGAUGUAUGAAUGUUUGUAAUCAGCGCUCGGCGCAGAGUUGUGAAUACGUACUUGUGUAAUUUGCGCUCGGCGUACGCCAGAUUUAAAUGAACGCAAUACGCAAAUUAUGGCGGGCGGAAA